AAGUUAACAGUGAUCCCAGGUCAUUCCAGCCACGACCUCGUUCCUUGCUGUCCAGUGAUGGGCAAUCCUUCUUGAACCUGUGGUUCAUCCCUCAUCCUUCAGAAACUCUAGCUGCAUUCAAAAUGUUGCCAGAGAAGGUUGGCUGUAGUGCCCUGCGGCACUCAUUGCAAAUCGUGGCGCCUUUUCACGACAUUAUUGCAUACAUUUUCAGUUUUGCUCAGCUAGGAAGUGCACCAGGCUGCUUCGAUUACAGGUGUCCUUCUGAACAUCUCACAGCAGACUGGGGAGGGACUGAGCAGAUCGGAAUUGAACUACUUGAAAUACAGAAAAAAAUAGACAGCCUUCCAAAUUCCUCAGAUCCAAAGAAAGUGUCCCAAAUGUUGACCGUGCUCAAAGAAGUGAAGUUUCUUCAGUUUGAAGCAGCAGUGAGAUACUCAAUGAGGGAAGCAUUUUUAUCAUCUGGAAAUGUUUCUGCAUAUCAGAGUAUUACGGACAACAUUUACCACGCAUUGCCUCCCAUGAGUAAUGUGGUUUUUGGAAGUGCAUUUGCUUCUCAACUCCAAAUUCCACAGCUAUUAGAUCCACAUGGGCAGAGAGCAUUGAUGUUUUUUCCAUGGAGGACGUUCCUAGCAAAAGGAGGUCUAUUUCCUGACACCAUAAGCAACCUAAAUCCCAUACAUGCUAGUAUGCAGUUAUGUCUAUGUAGUCUGAGCACUGAGGAUCAAAAAGUAGCUCAUGGAGAGCUGAUUGGGAUACAGUUUGUAAUGGAAGAUGUUCUCUGGGAUUCCGAAAUUCUGACUGACCACCAAGAAGUGCAAAAACCUGUAAAACAGGUUUCAACAUCAACGGCUGAAGCAAAAGGAAAAGCUUUAAUAGCACCACCUGAUACAAUGACCUCAUAUGCUUUGCAGAGAUCAUAUCUGAUACGAUGGAAGCAACUGGAAAUGUUAAAGGCAGAAUGGGGAAGACUUAAAUUGAAAGUUGAGGAUAUCAACACAGUUCCUCUGUAUAAGCAAUUUUCUGAAUUGUAUGAAGCUGAAAUCUUACGUGCUGCAAUGAGAUCCAUAGCCAGACAUUGGGGUAUAGAGGAUGAGUUUGAAGAAUAUGGCACCAUCCAAUCAUGUUCACUCUUCCCUAGAGAAGUUUCAAAAAUUGAUAUAAUAACACAUCAGUUUCAAAAACUUUUGGAAAGUUUAGAAAUGCAUAUGAUCCAUGAUGUACAAAAGAAAAUUAACAAAGAAAUAACGCUCGUUUUAUCUGAAAAAGCAAGAGAAGAGAGACACCUCCCCACAGAACUCUGGAAGCAUCACAGCAUACAAGAAAUGUUCUCUGUCACAAGGCCUGAAAUAGUUGUAUCAUUUAUACAGAGGCUAAUGGAAGAUCAUCAAGAAAUCAAUGCAGAGAUUAUCUUUCAAAAGGACCAUUUUAAAAAAUGCCUCACCUUUCUAGCUUGUGAUGUCAUGGCCAGAGAACGUAGCAACUACGAAACUUACUCCAUGUUUUACGAAAAUCUGCUCCGUCAGCAACAUCAGCUAUUGUAUCAAAAAGAACAGGAAAUGCACGUCAUAGAAGGCAACACCGAAACUGUUGAUGUGGAUCUGAGUCAAAUAGCUAGGCUGAGUCAUGAGAUGAUUCUGGAAAUAACUGCUCUGCGAGCCAAACUUACUGAUCUACAAAGAGAUGAUCACACAACCAAAGAGAAGAUAAGAAAAGAAGUUCAAGAGGAUUAUGAAGCAUUGGUACAAAAUAUAUUUUGGGUGUGUCUGCAAAUAAAAGGAAAGGUAGAUGAAUAUCGUCUAAGCAUGAACAAACAAAUGUUAGAGAUCAUCAGCGAGGUGAGAAAAGAAGGUGUGGAGAAAAUUAUUAAUCUGAAGAAAAAGUAUGGAUCUACAAAAGAUAACAGUGCGCUUGAAGAACAUUUGGCUCAGCAGGGGAAGUUGCAGGAACUACGGGAUGAAAACAGUGAAUUGGAGAAGUUGUUAUGCAAACUGAAGGCCUUAAAGUUCUGGAAAGAAACAAUGCAAAAAGCACAAUUUUUGACAACAUUGCAAGGAGUAGAGAAGGAGGCUGUUCAGAAUAAAAAUGAGUGCCUGCAAUCCCAGAUGAAGGCGGAAGAAGAGGCAGUUUUAUUUAAUCAUCAGUUGAGAGCUGUAAAGAAAGUCUUGGCAGAAUCUCAGACCGAAAAUAAAAAGCUGAAGCAACAACUGGAAAAACAGGAAUACUUACUUCAGGAAGCAGAACGUAAGAUUAAUCAAGAAUUUUGUAAAAGGCAGCAAUUAGAUUUGAUUAAGACAGCAAACUCGGAAAAAAUGUUGGAAAACCUUGAAGAGAGAGAAGUGAAGUUGUUGAACCCGACAGAAGAAUCGGAAAAAUCCUCUAAAACAAGACAUCUUCAGGAAGCAAAGAUGAAGAAAGAAAUUCAACAAAUAAGAAGCCAGCUGACCCAGGAACGCAAUUUAAAACUGAAUGCUUUCCAAAGGAUACAGGAGCUGCAGUGUCAACUUUAUGACUCAGAAGCUGCAAUUUCCCAGAAGCGGUCCCCUGCAGUUACAAGAAGGUCUGCUAAUCUUUCACACAUUACCAAAAGUAAACAUUACUAUUUUUCAGGCUCUUCUUCAUGCAGUCAGAAUGCAGAACUGCCAACAUUCAUAUUAACCAAGGAUUCCAUCCAGCAUCUUUUGACAGCCAAAACCAAGUUAGAGAAGAUUCCAAGACCAAAAACAGUACCUUCAGGAUGGGGAAAUAGAGCAGUAGAUGGUCUAUUGCCAGAUCUUACCCAAACCUCUCAUUCUACUCUUCCUGUGCAACAAGAGCAAAACCCAUCUCAAAAAUAAACUGGUACUAUUUACAUUUGUCAUUAACUAAAACUGACCAUAUUUUCUUCAAAGCUUUGAGUAAUAAUAUCAGAAUAAAAGAUUUUGGCUUCGUCAUGCCAUACUCAGCUUUCAUUGUUGUUCUUUUGAAAGUUACCUAUUGUCAUUGUAUACAAUGCACAAGCAUUGUAUAAAGCUGUAGAUUGAUAUUUCUUAAACAAAUGAUCUCUUGGGUCCCCUAAAUAAUCAAUGCUUUAUAAAAACAUGGAGCAUUGUUACAUGCUGUCAAUGUAAUGUUUUAUUACGUUGUUAUGCUGUAAAUAACUUACUUGGACAAAAAAAGCAU